AUGGCUGAGACUCUGGCUUGGUCGAUUUUUCCUGUUUCCAACUCGUCAGUUCGGGCUGCUGUGGCACCUGAGAGUACUGGAGCAACGACUUGGCUGCGCAGGCACCGCCGCCACUGCUGGCAUCGAAGUAAGAAUUCGCACCGCCUGCCGGCCGCUUUAUCACACGUUCGUGGGCAGUACCGGUCGCCGCGCUCGCGUGGUAAGCGUGACGAUGACGGUUCCGGUAACGACUCGGACGGAGGUUUUUUGGGUAGAGGCGGCGAUGCGUUCGCGAGUGGGCGCAGCGCGGGCCCCGGUGGAGACGGGAUUUUCGGCUCACCCGUGGUGCUCGAAGAAGGCAACCGGCUCAUGCGUGACCACGCAGAGCUACUGCGGCUUGGACAGAAAUAUAAGCUUUUUGACCGGGAAGGGAAGCUGGCGUAUAUCGCGCAGAUGGAGUCCGUCUUCGAUCGCUGGAAAGUAUUUCUGAAACGUUUUGAACUCAGUACUGACUUUCAGGCACAGCUUUACCUGAAGCAGUUGGAUGCAUGGCUUGCGCAGUUUGGUAUGCGAAGAGAGGAUCUCCUUCGGAACCUGGAAAUUUCGCUAGACAUGAUGCGACAAGACGCAGAGCGGGAGCUUUGA